AUGGAGGUUGCUUCCGUUCCGCCGGCCAGUUUUGGGGCGUGCUCGGAUCGCGUCGACGGCUCGGAGGUAGGAGAGAUUGAGGCUCCGAAGAUCGGAACGAUGGAAAAGGUGGCGCGGGAGGAUAGUCGAGAGAUGGAGGAGGACAAAGAGGAAGUGGCAACGUGGGAAUGGGGGAAGCCAGCGCCACCUCUUGUGGUGGACACGCCGGCCGCCGUCUCCGAGACUGGGAAGAUGGGGAGCCCGGCCAUGGGAACGAAACCGUGGGCCCCGCUCGAAGACUGUAAGCUAAAGAGUCUUCAACAUGUAAACUCGUGCUUCCCUCCGGUAUUGAGGGGAACGGCGGCCGCGAGGAGUGGUGAUCCCGUUCAAGUGAAUGCGCCUCCACUGCUUGCUACUCUUCCUCUGAAGGUUCAUAUCAUUCCUCUUUCUUCGUCAUCGGAUGAGAAUUUAUUUUAGAUCGAAUGGCUUCGUCAUCGAAAGGAUUUUUCAACUUGCGAAAUCUUUCACGUAGGAAUUUCGAUCUUUCACCAUAUCCUUGAUAACUACUGUAUCCAUUUACACGAGUUUUUCUGAAAGAUUUACAGACCACUUUAGGUAGCACUCUAGUUGAGGUGCGCCACACACAUGAUGAAUUACACUUGUACAUUUUGUUCAAUAACCUCUUUUGAGUUUUUUUUUUAAUGUUUGGUUGAACGACUCCCUUUGGAUAUUGCUUUCCAUUUAUUUCUCUUGCUCGUGUUUGCGUUAAAGAUUGAUGCCUGACCUCCCCUUUAUCGAAGUGGCCCCUAGUUGCAUGCUGCUGACCUGCGCGACCCAAAAACUGCCAUGAAAAGCUGGCCUUAAUAUGGGAAUCUGUAGGCUGAAAUAUUCACAAAGAAGCAUUCAGUGUCUAUGUUUUCUGCGUGAUUAGUGGUCCUCUUAAUAACUAUUUAUUUGCUAUCACAACUUUCCAUUCGUCGGAUUUUCUAUAGGAUCUUACUUCCUUUACCUUGACGGCGCAUCGCUUUCAUGUUAUUCGUAUGCAGGGAUCGGGAGUGAUGCCAAGGUCAGAUGGACUCAGAAACAAUAGUCCGUCCGGCAAGAAUCAUCCUCAUCGUCAUAAAUUUGGCCCUAAGCAUGUUCCACCUCUCACUACCUUUCCGCCUUUCCAAGCUCCAUUGACAUACUAUCAUCCUCCGCCCCAUUUUUUCCAGCCUCCCGUACCAAGGCCACCUCUCCCCUUUCAUGAUUAUUUUUACCAGCCAUAUCCUCCAUUUAAAAAUGUCGAAUAUUGCGUAGUUAGACCCGGAUAUGAGACUCUUGUGCAACCUUUUAUCCCACCAGUCCCACCAAGAGGAGAAAUCCAUGCUGGUGGAAACCACUUGGCUCUGGGACAAGGAGGUCCAAACAUCUGGCACAACCACAGUGGCAACCAAAAUUAUCGAGGACAACAGGAGCAUGGUGACCAAUUUAACCAGAAUUGGCAUCAUCAACGUGCGUUCAAUCCCAAAGAUAAAAUUAUUAUGCCAGAAAGUGUCGGGGGAAAGAAAAUCACAGCACAUGCUCAACCAUCCUUUGGUCCUGCUCCUGGUUAUAUUAAUGGGCCACAGCUUCUUGGUAUCUUUUUAACCAAGUGUAUUUGUUGGAAUUUAUUUUUUUGCUUUUGUAGUGAAUACAGUUUCUAGUUUUUUAUGUUAAUACUUAAGUUGGUGCGUUUCAUGUAGGUCCUGCUCCAGUGUACUAUGUUCCUGUUGCACUCCCAGAACCUGCAAGGGGUCCUCCCAAUUAUAUCCCAUCAAGUGCUUCAUAUCGUGGUUAUCCUAAUCUUUCACUAGAAGUGCAAAACCUGAAGAAUAGCAUUGUGAAACAAAUCGAAUAUUAUUUCAGGUUUUUGGCCAAGCUAUCCUGUUGCUAUCAUUCAUACUCUUUUCCUUUUGACAUCCAUCUCCUAAAUUUUGUCUGGUUCGGUUGUUAUUUUGGUUAGGAGAAUGAUUUGCAUUGAUUUGCGUUGACACGUGGUUCCUGUGCUUUUUUUUCAGUUUUUUUAAUUUUCAUCUACAUUAUCAAGAAAUUCUUCGUUUAUCCUUUCUGUAAACAGCUUUUUAUAGAAGAAAAUGGCAUUUUUUUUGUAGUGAUGAAAAUUUGCGGAUGGAUAGGUUUCUACUUUCUCUAUUAGAUAAUGAAGGAUGGGUGCCUGUCACGAAAAUUGCAAAUUUUAACAGGGUACCACUCAGUUUCCUUGGUCUCAGAAUAUUACACUCUUUCCAAUCAAUUUUUUUUUAACCUAUUUUCCGUUAUUUCUUUGCGUGGUUUAGGUUAAGAGCAUGGGAACCAACAUACCUUUUAUAUUGGAUGCGCUGCAGAAUUCUAGUCACAUUGAAGUCCAGGUUGGAAUACGAUAGCCUUUUGAAUGAUCGAUGUGGCAUGAUUCUUCUAUUCCUGUCCUUUGAUUUUGCUCAUUAUAGCUCCUCACUCUUUAUUUAUUUUUGAAAGUUUCUAUUCCUGUCCUUUGAUUUUGUCAUCUAUACAUCAUAUCUUCUACUGUCUCUUUUUCCUUUUUGUACCUAUAUAAAGGGAGAGAAGAUCAGGAGAAGUGAUUGGGGAAAGUGGCUUUCUCAUAAAGCAUGUGGAUUGAAACCUCAAGCUGCGGACGUUCAAGUCGAGAGGUCUCCUGUUUUGAUGGAGAAUAAUGAAUCAAAUAAAUGUAGUUUUGGUAGUGGAUGGGAGAGGAAGGAAUGCCAAAGAAUUAGUGAAAAUGAGGGUAAUGAGAGACCAUCAAUUGAAGGCAGCACAGAUAUCAACGUGAAGCUGAUGUCAGAUUGCACUGUUUCAGAAUUAGAUGUGUGCAAUGGGGAAAACAGGGACUUGUAUGGGAAGCUUGCUUCAGGUCAAAGUUCCGAACUUAAAGUAAUGGAUCACGGUGGCAAACAUAGCCCUUUGCCUGGUGAGCACCCAGUAUCUAGUGUUCGUAUUCUCCCAUAUUUUCGUUGGAGAUAUGCUCGAUCUGAGGCUUCUAUGACCAUCAGGCAGUGCUGACACUGGACUUUCUUACUUUGGCUGCAGUAAAUAGUAGAGGUGGUACAGCAGAGGUUGAUGGUCUAUUAAACAUUUUAAUCGAGCCACCUACUCAUUCAGGGGGGCAGAGCACAUUCAUGCUUGAUGAAGAGAUCGAGCUUGAUCACUCGGUGACCCAGGUGGAUGCUUCCUCAUCUCAGGAAAGGUACUUUUUCUGAAUUUUCAUCGACCUUGAGAUUUGAGUUUGGUCCUUCAUACUUAUUUUCGUGGUUAAAAUCUUUAUGUUUUGAAUAGUUAUGGCAUCAUAUUUUUGCUUUGCUGCCAACCCCUAAUGUUGCAACAAUAUUGAAAAAGUGUUUUCCUAUUAAAUGAGAUUUUGAGUUGAUAUUGUGUUCGUGGUAAGCACUUAGCAAGUGGGCAUGGAUUUGAUACUCGCGGUUAUAACUUAUAACUCAGACGUUGUUGAAUUCUAAAUAUUAAUGCAUCUUGACUUCUAUAUAAUUGUCCUGUAACAUAUAGAAAUGACUGGUGGUGUUGAGAAAAUUGAGCCGUAUCUAUGGGGUGUUGAGAACAUUAAAUUAUUACUGUGUGAUUAUAUAACAUGAAGAUUUUUAUUACUACCUGCAAUCAAGGAGAUGGUCCACUGCUUAGCACCUAGGUCUGGGUUAUACCUUUUCCAAAGAAUGUAAAAUAACUCGAUGAGUUGGAAACUGAUAGAGAUUAGCAUGGAGUUUUACUCGGGUUUCUUGAUUGAUGAUCUAGAGUUCAACUCAACUUGGUUAUUGCUUUUUUUUUCUUGGUACACAAAAGAGAUCUCUUUCUCCCUAAUAAAUACGUUAUGCAUUUACUGACCUUGAAACCAGUAUGUCUCAAUUAAUGUUGGUUUUAAGCUUCAAGAAGUCAAAAGAAUAGAUGAAUGAGUUAUGCUCAUUUCAACUUUCAAGAAAGUGGAAUCCUGAAACCGUCUCACUGCUCGAAGAAAAAGAAGAAGAAAUGAUAGAAGUUGUUAGAAAUGGGCCGAUGUCACUUCAAUAUUUCUAAUUAAAAGUUAUGUUGACCCAGUUUUCAGAGUAUAUAUUUCUAAUUAAAAAGCCUAGGUUACAAGAAGAGCAUAAAAGGAACCUUUUUACGAAAAGGCAAAUAGUGUUACUGCAGCCAUUGUCAGAAGUGGUAGACGGUUUUUUUUUUGUGUAUGAAGUAUAUCCCCAGGGGUGACCUUUUUGGGAUUUGCGUUCUGCAGUCCAAUGCGAUUCAGAUCACCAUGGCUGUUUCUGGAUCAGUUCUUCCAUUUAUGUGAUGAUGCAUAUGCUCGUGAACAUGUGUGUAGAUGAUGAUGCAUGCUUGAGACGGAUUCGGGUAAAUUGAAAUUGGCAUAUGGGGGAUGCAGUAAUUAUCAUGUUGUAUUCGUUGUCAGAUUAGUGUUUCUUCACAGGAAUUACUUGGUAAUAUCUUUGAAGUUUUGUUAAAGCAGUUGAGAUAAUUACUGAGAGUUCAUUCUUCUACAUUGAAUGUUUGCAAACAUCAAAAGGGAAUGCUCAAAUUUUUCGUAUUAUAUGUUACAAAUAAAAGCUAGUGUUUGGGAUCAGACUUUAAUUUUUUUCACUAAAUUACUAAUACGUGAUUUCUGAAUUUUAUUUUAUCAUCUGACGGUCAACAUAUACAUGCACAAGAUGCUCAUUUAUAACAGUUUAUUAUUAUUAUUAUGCCAUUUAUAAAAUCUGUCAAUUCUAAUGUGCGACACCUUUUGUCGUGUUUACAAUGCUGUGUUCUCUCAGAUUCAUGGUUCUGUUGCCUUUCAGUGUGCUGUUGUCAACGUCUGGUCAUAUUUAAUUAUAGUCUGCGUAUAGAUUCUCAAGCAGAUGUACCUAUUUUAUAUUUUAGCUUCUCUGUGCCUAAUUUCCAUGAAAACGUAGAAUUAAAAUAUAUUAUAGGAGCUUUCGUUUUGGAGUCUAUGUUUGCAUCAUGACUCUUUUAAUUCGAAGUACUUCCUUUUGGUUGAGGAAUGUAUCCUCUCUUUUUAAAAUUUGUUUAUCUUGUUCGUCUUCUGACUUCUAUUUCUACCCUUCGUGAGAAAAAUGGAUGUCCCCUUUUUCUUAUGCUACUGAUACCUCUUAACUUUCAGGAUUGCUGACAAUGAAGAUGACACAGAUAUCAAUGAUCAUGAUGUACAAGGAUUAAUAAUUGUUACACAGGUGAGAUUGGAAGGUGUGUGAAUUCAUUUCACUAGGUUCUUUCCUUUUUGCCAUUCUUUUGAAAGUCAUUUACCCCGACGCCAAGUGCCUUAUCUCUAAUAUCCUUACCUCUGAAAUGGAAAGCAUGCAUACAUGUUUUAUCAUAAUACGUUCUUGAAGAUCUCAUUUAUCUUCCCCGUGUUUUUGCAAGAAUGCACUCCUUUCUCUCUAAUUCAGCUUUUGCUAAAAGAACACAUUAAAAUUGAUUUACUACCCUGUCUCUUUUUAUCUAGACUACUUUAUUUUCUAUUUUCUCACUUUUGUUAUUACAGGCGAAAUUCAAUUGAUUAGUCAUAUCAGCCUGGUGGAUUUGAGUCGCUUUGGAACACUGGGUUCGGAACAAUUGUAAAAAUUAUUCCGAAUUGACAGAAGUCAAGCACCUUCUCUCAUGUUGUCUCUUUUUUUCCUUCCUAUCUCGUUUACCCUCCCAUUAUUCCAUCAGCUGGAUGUUUUGACAGUUGAUGGAAGUUGUCAGGACAGCAGGUCACCUCGCAGGCUCUGCUAUGCAAACCUGAGGAGUGCAAGGCCGAGUCACCAGUCAUAUAGAUGGACUGGAUCGGGUUGUGCACGGAUUGAGGGUAGACUGGAUCACCUCAGGCCUAUCUACCUCAAAAAUACCGAAAUAGGUUUAUAAUCCACUUGUUGCAUUUAAUUUUUGGCUUUUACAUUGAGUCAUCUUGCUCUAUUCAGAUUUCUAUACCGCGGCUGUAAAUCUAGGUUAUUUGUUUAAUUUUGGGGGUUAUAUGUUGAAUCCAUUCUAAUUUUUCUGUUAGCUUUUCACAUCGUUCCUCCAUAUCAAGCAGCUUUACGCUUGUGAAUCAGGGAUUUUGGUUGGUUCGGAAUCUGACUUGUGGAUCUUUCCUUCCUCGUCAACUUGAUCUCUGAUUUCUCUGGGAAACUUACUCCCCCGUGUGCCUAGGUGUACCUCAGCUUCCAUUAUCAAUGCAUUUACUUAUAUGCUGCAUAAAAAAGCUUGAUGGCCCUUAGAUGGAAAAGCCUCUAUGGUCUAUUCAAAAUUACUGAAUUGGUUUUAUUCUCACUUUCAUUCUUAAUAUUUUCAGCUGGAAAUGAUAAAAUCUCUUCGCCUAACCUUAAGUAAAAGAAAAACAUUGUCUCAGUUUUCCUCUGUUAAUAUCAUUUCUUACAACUGAAACGCUCUUUUUUGUCUAUAUUUGCAUCAUGUAGGAAUUCUGAUUUCAAUCUUUAUGGUUUUGUUAAUGUUCUGGGCCAUGAUUCUUUCCUCAGUUUAGUGGUUGCAUUCGAUGCAUUUUCUCCAACUGCCUCCGUUUGUUUCCAAUUCUGCGUUAUUUUAUUUUAAGACUUUGGAUUCAUUGACAAGUACAUCGAAAAAUUUUAAGAUCUCCAUCUCCUGAUGUAGUCAGUAUUUAUACUUUUCCUUUUAUUGCUGAUGUGCAGGAUAUUGGGAUAGAUAAUGCUGGCCCGAGGGAAACUGAAGCAAUUUCUAACGAGGUUGCAACUGCAAUUAAUGACGGUCUUAUUUAUUAUGAACAGGUGCUCGGUGAUUGACUUUAUGAAAUUAUUUUGAUGCUCCCCUAUGUUGUCACAGUUCAUUACCAUCCAAUUUUAUUUUAUGUGCUGUCAAUGGCAGGAGUUGAAGGCCAAGAGCUCUCGUGAUCAUUCACCUGGGUUGGAGACACACAACGGAGAUGCAAAACCUACCAGUACUGCUCACACAUUUGCAAACUUGAAACUUGAUAUGAAAAGCGUUGGGAAGUGUGUCUCUGGAGACCAUGACCAUGCGGAUACUUCACAAAGACAACAGAAUAAAGGCUGUAGCAAAGCACAGUUCUCCCUGAAACAACGAUUUUUUGCUAGUAAUUUUAGUAGUCAGGGUGGUGGUCAUAAUCCUCGAGGCAUUAUAUCUGAAAGCCCACCUAGCAAUUCAGUCGGUUUUUUCUUUGUCUCAACACCGCCAGAUAUUCAUAGGCAAGCUCAGGGCUUACUACUGUUGCUAUUACUCUUAUCAUCUGGUUUUGACGGUCGAUAGUUUUCAUUGAUGGAGAAGAUGUCCUCUGUUGCAGCCCAUUGUCCUCAAAGCUUAGAGGGUCACCACACAGACCGCUUGCUGGGAGCAGCCCCCCAGGGGGUUCCAAGCCUAAAACGUUUCCUCCAUUUCAGCAUCCAAGCCAUCAGCUACUGGAAGAAAAAGGAUUCCGUCAACAGAAGUGAGUGAAUGCUAAUUCUUCAUACAGGGCAAGAUAACAUGUUCAUUUAUUCACUUCUCUGUUUUCAGGUACCUCAAGUUCCAUAAACAUUGUCUAAAUGACCGCAAAAAGCUUGGCAUCGGCUGCAGUGAGGUGAGUCAUAUCUGUAGAAUUGUUGUCCAAUAUCCAUCAAGGUUAACAGUAAGCUGCUUUGGAAGAUUAUUGAUCACACAAUGUAUCUCUACUUUUAUGUUAGCACCGUUGGGACUUUGGAACUAAGUCAACGUAUUAAGAAUGAAAAAAGAGAGGCAGCUAACUCUUCUUUGUGUAGACGAAAUAUUUUUCCAGAGCUUAUGCUGCCCUCUAUGAUUGUAUGAUCUUUUAUUGUUUCAGAUUUGUCAUCUCUUUAGGAGUCAGUCUUAUUGUAUGAUCUUUUUUCCCUAAAGCUCGUGAUUAACAUUUUCAUUUUGGGAAGCUUGAAUGGAGAAGAUCCCUGCCCAUGAUGUGAUAAACAUUCCUUGACAGAAAGCCUUAGAAAAUGGACUACAUGUCUGUAUUUUGUUUUAUGGGUUAAUUAUUUUUGGGUCCCUCUCUCUCUUGCGCCUUUGGGUCAGGCUUAUCGUUCCUGUGGAGUUCAUUGCGCUCCUUGCUGUUUUGAUUCAAGUAAAUUCUUAUGAUUAAACCUUUUUGGUUUUAUCCAUCCAGGGAAUGAACACACUGUACCGUUUUUGGUCGUUCUUUUUAAGAGACCAUUUCGUUCGCGCCAUGUAUAAGGAAUUUCGGAAGCUGGCUCUGGAGGAUGCGGCUGCUAACCAUAAUUAUGGACUGGAGUGUCUCUUCAGAUUCUACAGGUACUGACAUCCAAAAAACGUCUCCUUCGUAGGAAAACCCUAAAAAAAAAAAGAAAAAAAGAAAAAAAAGAAGCCAAGACUAGUCAUUUUGUGAUUCCUAAGGCCUUCCCUUCUGCGUGUUGCUAGUUAUGGUUUGGAGAAGCGCUUUAAGAAGGAUUUAUACAAGGAUUUUGAGCAGCUGGCACUUGAGUUCUACCGCAGAGGCAAUCUCUAUGGCCUCGAAAAGUACUGGUAAUCUGAUUCUUCCUAUUUUUUUCUCAACCAUUUAAAAUCAUCAUGAUCACCAUCUUCCCUGGGGUUCAAUUUAUGAACCGUAUUUAUUGGCGAACAUGAUUCGAUAUCUUCAUCAUCUUAUUAGAACCAUCCAAAAAAAAGAUGUGAAUUCCACAAGGUUUCUGUUUCAUCAUGCAUGCAUGCAUGCAUGCAUCCGUGUGGAUAUUUUCAUUUCAGAUGUGCUCGGAAAUGUGGCAUGAAUCUCGCUGAUUCCAAUAGCAUCCCCCAGUAUGGUUAUUGCUUCGGAAAUCUCCCUCCCAUGUCAUAGGAACACAAGGGAGCUGCUGGAUGCUCCAGAAAGCUUCGCGUGGGAAGAUCCCUUCUAGCUGUCAGAAAUCCUAGUAGAAUAGAAAUAUUUGGAAAUAUUUUCCCACAAUGGUAAAGUAAGGAACACUGCCAUAAGCUCCUUGCUUGCUUCAAACCACUUAAUAUCAUUUUUUUGCCAUCUUAAUGCUAUAAUUUUUUCGUAUUAGGUUCCUUUGAGGGUUGGGCUCUGCUAUUUCCUCUUGCUUUAUAUCCCUCGAAGGUUUGAUCCUUGUGACCGGGACCAAGCCAGAUUCGGUGCUUUUCUGUGCCUCUUGGUUCGACCAGCAGCAAGAUUCCUAAUGUUCUCGCGUGGCAGGGCUCUCCACCAUUACCGGGAGGUGAGAUAUCAGAAGGAGCCUCUGAAGAAGCACCCGGACCUGGAGAGGUUACUGACGGAAGAGUACCGCACUCUGGACGACUUCAGAGCAAAAGCAGAGGGCUGA